AUUUGUAUGAAUCCAAGCGGCUGCUCGACGGCUGAAGUGAAAAUUCCAAGCCAAAGAGAGAAAAAAGAAGCAGAAGAAGGAGAAAAAGAAAGAGAGAGAUAGUGCGAGUACGAGAGCAGAAACCCCAACACAAUAAGGAAAGUGUGGAAAAUACAACAACGACAGCGACAACAACAACAAUCAACUGCUCGGCCAGUGAAGAAAGAAAAGUGAACUGCAAGUGCAGCGGAGACUGGGCGUCGGACAGCCAGUGACAUCCGUUGCCCCCGCUGUUGCAAGUGCAACUGCAACGGCAACAACAAUUUCAUCGAAAGAAUUUUAGUCAAAGCUGUUGGCUCGGUAAAACGGUAAAGUGCAGCGUCAUCAUCGUCAUCUCCCAUCUCCAAGAUGGAUGCCGAAACACAGGAAAUACGACAGGCUCGUCAACGUGCUUCCGUCAAAUGGCUGCUCUCGAAAGCAUUCAACAAUCGCGUGCCAGACAACCUUAAGGAGCCGUUCUAUCGCGAUCACGAGAACCAGGAGCGCCUCAAGCCACAAAUCGUUGUGGAGCUGGGCAAUGCGACGCUUUAUUGCCAAACUUUGUCCAAUUUGUACUCCGAUCCCAACUACCAAAGCUUAAAUCACUGGUCAAUAUUACAGACGCUAGCGCGCAAGGGUGUCCCUGUGGCCGAGUCCUCGGACAUGCCCAUUACCGAAACGGUAUUAAUUCAGACGAAUCCGUUGCGAAUUAACGCCCACAUGUCUGUGAUAGAAUCGCUGAUGGUUUUAUAUGCAAAGGAAAUAUCAUCGGGUGACCGUGUUGUGUCGGCAAUACGAAGAAUAUCUGGUAGCAACUAUCAAGCGCCUCCAGGCCAGUCCUACGAGCAGGGCCUGCUUGCAUGGAUAUCGCAUGCGUGCGCUGCGCUUAAGAAGCGCAUUGUGAAGGAGCUAGAGUCAAGUGUGCCGGAUGAGAUCGGUACGCGUCUGCAGACGCCGGACAUACCGCCAGUGCGGGAUUUUCAGGAUCUGUGCGACGGCAUCUGCCUGGCGCUGCUCAUUUCCUACUACUGCCCCAAGGUGGUGCCGUGGACGAGUGUGCGCAUCAACUAUUUGCCUGCCGUUGAGGACUCCAUACACAACAUACUGCUCGUUAGCAACUUCUCACAAAAGCAUUUGCCAUACGGCGUCUUCCAUAUGACGCCCGAGGAUAUAACAUAUAUGCGAGGCUCAAUGAAACUGAAUCUGGUGUUGCUGUUGACGGAUUUAUUCAAUUUAUUUGAGAUACACCCAGCCAAGUGCGUCUGUUACCCGGGCAUGGAUGGGCAGGAUGUCAUCCAAAGGCGGAGCCAGGGCGCCAAUGAGCACGGAAUCUGCCAUAGACGGGGCCUCACCGUGCAACCCGUAACGCCCAUACCCGACUUACGCAGCGAUCUCGACCAGCCGCCCAUGGGGUCACCCUCGAGUCGGCCGCCGUUUCAAGUUCCGCACACAAAUUCAUUUAGCGUCGGCGUCGGCAGCUUAAAUCGCAGAUCAACUCCGCCCACCGAGUAUCAAACGAUGCAGUCAAAUAACUUUGAUGGCAAUCAGGCCGAAGCCUUCGUCGUGCACAAGUCGCGGGGCAUUACCACACUUUCAUCUAUGCACUCGCAGCAGCAACAGCAGCAGCAGCAGCAACAACAUUAUCAGCUUCAGCAGCAACAGCAACCGCAGUCACAGCAGGAGCCCUUGGUUCCAGCUCGCUUGCGCCAGGCUAAAGAAAAGAACAAUGUCGAGUCGAAGGCAGACGAGAGAGGCGAUUUUGUCGCUGCGGGUCGACCAAGUAACUGGGAUCAGAACCGGCGUCCAAGUUUCGCAGGUCGUCGGUCGCGACGAAACUCCUCCAGCGAAGAUUCGCAGCUGACGAUCGAGAACUUUGGUGGCUCACAGGAUCAGAUAAACACGCUGGGACGCUACGAGCGUGAACGGGACAGAGAGCGAAAGCUAUCGAACACAAGCGUGGAACCUGCCGUAGCUGUGCGAUCUUCGAUUGCAGAUGCUCGUGGCACGUUGCAGCUAGGCUACGAUACGGAUUCGGGAUCCGAAAAACAGGAUCGCGAAACGGAAAAGUAUUCAAUGCGCCGACAGGCUAGCAUCGACAAUGUGCCCACAGCCUCUGCGCAUAACCUGUCCAAUGCGGGCAGUCCGUUGCCGGCGCGUAACAAGCAACAUUCCAUCGACAGGGGGGACUACUCGAACGCCGAGCACUACAAUGACGCCCGUUCGAGUGGCUACGAUCCGGAGAGUACGCCCGUGCGUAAGUCCUCGACCAGCAGCAUGCCAGCGAGCCCGGCUACCUGGCAGUAUGAGACGUGUGACGACGACCUGCGCUCGCUGGAGAAUGCCACCAAGCUGUCGACGAUGCGAAUGAAGCUGGAGGAGCGGCGACGUCGCAUUGAGCAGGAUAAACGCAAGAUCGAAUUGGCAGUGCUGCGGCACCAGGAGAAAGUUUGUCAGGAGGACUUGGAAUCGUGUCCGGACGUCUUGAAGUGGGAGACCAUGAGCAACGAUUCAAAGCGCACGCCAGAAAUGGAUCCAGCCGACAUGGACAAAUACCAACAAAGCAUUGCCAUCAUGAACAUGAAUCUGCAGGAUAUCCAGCAGGAUAUUCACCGGCUGGCCACCCAGCAAAGCCAAAUGCAGGCGCAGCAUUUGCAAGCGCAGCAGCUGAUGCAGGCACAGCAAAUAGCCAACAUGCUGAAUCAGCAGCAAACCUAUGGCUCGCAGCAGCAUCUGGCCGAGCACCAUUACCAGCAGCGACCCAUGCAGCAAAGCUUUGGCUCAUCACCGCAUCUUCCGCAGGCCUUCAAUGCGCCCGUCAGCGCCUACAACUCCCGUCCGCCCAGCCGCGAUCCCUACCAGCAGCAGCAGCAGCAGCAGCAUCAUCCACAUCAGCAGCCCAUGCAAAUGCCUCCGAUGCAGUACGUCAACGAGCACGGCCAGUACAUGUCGCCGCCCGCUCAUUACAUGCAGCCGCAGAGCAUCUACAGCGACAACGGUGGGGCGCCCUACAACAACCACUCGCCCUAUGGAGCGCCCCCGAUGCAACAAUACCAGCAGCAGCAGCAUCCGCAACGCAACAGCGUCUACGAUGAGUACGGGCAGCCGGCCAAUCACUUUUACCUGCAUGAGUCCCCGCCCCAGCCGCUGGGGCACCCGCAGCGUCGCACCUGGGCGCACUCGGCGGCAGCGGCUGCCUACGAGCAACAGCAGCAACAGCAAGCUCAGCAGCAGCAGCAGCAGCCACUGUUGGAUGUGAAUGCCUGGCAAACGCAGAAGAAGAUGCAACAACAACAACAACAGCAGCAGCAGCAGCAAAGCUGGCCAAAUCGGCCACCUUCCAGCGCAGGCGCGUCCCAGGGCUUUGUGCUGCAUCAAAACGGAGGCGGAGGCGGCGGAGAGCUGCAGCACCUGUUCCAAGUGCAAUCGUCGCCGCAGCAUAGCCAGCGCAUGCAUGGCGGUGGCAGCGGCAGCUCGAACGGGGUGCAGCGGCAGCAAUCGCUGACGAAUCUGCGUGACAAUCGCUCGCCCAAGGGCAACAUGGGCCAGAAUAUGGGCAUGGGACAGCCGGAUGACAUGAUGGCGCCUCAAAGUAUUUGCUUCAUCGGCGACGAGGAGGAUGUCGAUGAGCUGGAACGAAAUAUUAUCGAGUCAAUGCAAUCGACUCGCAUUUCCGAUUUUGUGGCGCAGCAGCAGCGUCUGCAUCACCAGCAGCAGCAACAGCAGCAGCAGCAACAGUUGCCGGCGACGCACAGCGGACGCGGCAGCAGCUCUGAGGAUUACGACAGCGGAGAGCUCAUUUCCAAUAAGCUGAACAUCACAAGCGGAAAUCUCACCUACCGCAUACCCUCGCCCUCGCGCCCCUCCAUACAGGCCAACAGCUUUCAGGAUCCGCGUGGCGGUGGUGACAGGAACGGCAGCAGUGAGGAGCAGCGACCCGAGAAGGGCUUCUAUAUAUCGUUCGACAACGACCAGCCCAAGCGGCCCAAGCCGCCUUUGCGCGCCAAAAAGUCGCCGAAGAAGGAGUCCAGCAGGGAUAGUGUGGACAACCAAGUUGUCGUUAAACGUGAAUCGCUAAGUCAACUGCACAACAGCAACAACAUCGCUAUCGAGGAGGCCAAAAGCGCCGCGGCCGCUAGGCACAGCAUUCACAACUUCCCCGGCGGCCAGUCUAACUCACCAGCCGGCAAUGCCACCUACAACAAAUAUACAGACGAGCCGCCCAUCCAGCUGCGCCAGAUCACCACGUCGGGAGCCGAGCCCGAUGCUCAAGAGCGGCGGCACCUCGAGGACCUCACCAAUCAGCCACAGCAACAGCCACAGCCGCUCUCUCCCUCGCGUCUGAGAGCUGAGCACAGUAUCACCAGCGCCGAGGCGGCCAAGAAUAAGGCGUUGGUCAUAGGCGCCGACUCAACUAAUCUGGAUCCGGAAUCUGUUGACGAAAUGGAGCGUCGUAAGGAGAAAAUAAUGUUGCUCUCGCUGCAGCGCCGACAGCAGCAAGAGGAGGCGAAGGCGCGGAAAGAGAUUGAGGCGUCCCAGAAGCGAGAAAAGGAACGAGAGAAGGAGGAGGAGCGCGCACGCAAAAAGGAGGAGCAGAUGGCGCGACGAGCAGCCAUAUUGGAACAACAUAGACUAAAGAAAGCCAUCGAAGAGGCCGAGCGUGAGGGUAAGACUCUGGACAGGCCCGAUUUGCAUGUAAAGCUGCAGCCUCAGUCUUCAAGCACCACGCCUCGUCUUAGACAGCAGCGUGUGACCAGGCCACGCCCCAAAACCAUCCACGUCGACGAUGCCAGUGUGGAUAUCAGCGAGGCUUCAAGCCUAUCCAGUCGGGGAAAGAAGGGCUCGAGCUCAAAUCUAACCGGCUACGGUCAACUAAGCUCCAAUUCAAUGAAAAGAGAUUUUUAUAGGGGCUCACAAGACUCGCUUACAGUAAAAGAAUCACCCGAUGAUUAUCCCAGCACAAGUUCAACUCCGAUUGGACGACGGGGAUCUUACAAAACUUCCAGAGGUUGGUGCUGGGUAACAAAGCCAGCCGUCGAAAGGGGUCGCACUCUAUCGCGUAUAUCAGUUGCUAAGGGCAGCACACUUAAUUUCCGUGGCAGAAAAUCCAAUUCGCUAAUGAAUUUGUGCGACACAGAUUCGGGACUGGGACGGGCCACUCCGCCGCGACGCGCUCCGUCACCAGGAAUGGCGGCAUCAGGUAGGCAUAUGCCAUCUCCCUCUGGACCAGGCUCUUUGCCGCCAGGUUUGAUAUCGAAGCGUCGCGGAUUUGAUGAUGGAUCAAGCGAUACGUCUUUAACUGUGAAUGCUAACAUGGAAUACUCGGGUCCAAAACUCUACAAACAACCAGCGGCCAAAUCGAAUCGCGGCAUUAUUCUAAAUGCCGUUGAGUACUGUGUGUUUCCCGGCGCCGUCAAUCGGGAGGCCAAGCAGAAAGUGCUCGAGAAGAUUGCGCGCUCUGAAGCCAAACACUUUCUUGUCCUCUUCCGGGAUGCGGGCUGUCAAUUCCGGGCCCUCUACAGUUACUUGCCCGAAACGGAUCAAGUAACGAAGCUGUACGGCACGGGACCUAGUCAAGUCGACGAAGUCAUGUUCGAUAAAUUCUUCAAAUACAACUCAGGUGGUAAAUGCUUCUCGCAGGUGCACACAAAGCAUCUGACCGUUACGAUAGACGCCUUCACAAUACACAAUUCCCUGUGGCAGGGCAAGCGGGUACAGUUGCCCAGCAAAAAGGACAUGGCGCUUGUGAUUUAAGCCGAAGUACGAAGCUACUUUGCCCAUGGCUAACUAUUCUGCAACUUUGAAUCAUCUGCGAAAGCAAAACGAAUUAAAAGUUUUUACUACGACACCAAGAGAGUGCACUAGUGCUUGGGUUUUGGGGCAGGACUCUGUGGCAAGGUCAGGGUCAGGAUUAGAGUCGGGCUCUGGGUCUGGGUCAGGGUCAGGGUAUGACAUAUAAUGGCUUAAUAACUAAUUGCACACGUUUGAGCGACAGCAACAAAUUGGAAUUUACAAAAAUAUAUUGUAUUUAUAUUAAUACAAUGCGAUAAGAUAUUUAACUUGAAUGUAUACACCAUAAUAAUAGAAAAAAAACAAAACAAAAACAAAUCGAUCAAUAGAAAAACCUCCCGAUAUAAGAGCCAAAAUAAAAUCCAGCGGAUGAUAGCUUACAAUUUUUUUGUCACACACACACACAUACACACAUGAACACAUUUACACACAACACACAUACAGAGAUAAUUCAAAGAUAAUGAACAAGAGAUAUUGUAGAAAAUCCUUAUUUUAUUAAUUUGUUUUAAAUUGUUAUGAAGUUUUUUAUGCGAAAUAUUGUUGUUUCGCCCCGAAAAUUGUGAAUGGGGGGCCAAGAACAAAGAAUUCGCCAGUCGACACUAAUUUUAACGCCACUAGCUAUUUAUUUGUAAGACUAAUUAAUAUAUACUUUUUAUGCAAACUUAAAAAGG